UGGUGUUUCGGUUUUACAGUUGCACAAAGAGUGAUGUUUUCCAAGAUUGCUCGAGAGUGCAGCCCCAGGGAUACUCGCAGCACGUGCUCGCAACUAUUUUAGGCUUAGUGCCAUCCCACAAGGCAGUCGUCGAGAAAGCUCAGACCGUCACCCGUUCACCAACAACCUAGAUCGAACCUCAAUAAAUAAUCUAUAUCCUUCAUGUCCGCGAAAGGAAUUCGCCGUAGAGAGGUGGUCGUUCUAGGGGAGCCAGGAGUGGGCAAAACAUGCGUCGUCGACAAGUUCCUGCGGAACACACAUUUCGCGUGCUAUGAAGUGAUCGACCCCAUUGGCGACAUGUACCCCUAUUACUUCCGCACGCUAGAAGUCGACGGAGAAAGCGAACGCAUUGAACCCCUGGACGUCAACUCCGCGCUGUUUCGCGAACAGGAUCCGAACCUCAACUUGGGGACGUUUGAAGCCAUGCUCUCGCGCGCGGCUGGCGUUGUGCUGCUUUACGAUAUUACUUGUAAGAAGAGUUAUGAGAAUAUCACGAGCGAGGGCUAUUUGACUGUGUGGUGUAAUCGGAAAGCUGAGCGCGCGGAUGGAGAGAAGUAUCCGGCUGGGAGGCAGAGGGUUGGUUGUGUGCUUGUGGGGAACAAGCUUGAUUUAGCGGGUGAGAAGAGGGAGGUGAGGAGCGAAGUUGCGGCUGAAUGGGCGAGCAUGCAGGGCAUGAGGUUUUAUGAGCUGGACGCGUAUAAUAGGGAGGCGAUCGAGGAAGUUAUGAGAGACCUGGUGAGGAGCAUUAAGAAGGCUGAGAGAAGAGACGAGGAGGAUAUCCAGAUGAGCAAGCACACGGUGGAGAGGACCGGAGAAGGAACUUCUCAGGACGCAGAAGGUCGAGCAGGAAAUCAGCAAGCCAGUCAAGACGCAGGGGAUCAGCAACCAGCCUCGUCGAGUAAAAGCAAAGAAAAAGGAGGAUGGAGGAAGUCCAUGUCCCUACUCUGGGAUGCCUUACCCCGGCUUACUCCAAAAGCGAAGCACUCGACAUGAGCCCCACUAUGUUCCGCCAUCUUUCAAGACAUCUCAGAAUAUUACCGUAGUACGGAAUUUUCGCGGCAAUCAGGAAGACCGUCGCGGCGCGCCGUCCAAAACGCGGGGCCAUAGUUUGUGUCUAGUGUCUGAGCGUUGACAUCAUGUAGCUGAUCGAGACGUUUCUCACAACAUCCAACACAGUUGCAUCCCCUAGUAGAAAGCCUGAGCCUGAGCAUGUUUGGAUACAUUAGCCAGGAGCCCUUCGAGUUGUUAUUAUUACACAAAGUUACUUUUGAGGCGCUUUAAGCGCG